AUGGCAGAUAACUCAUCUAGCGACUCAGAGCCUAAAAUCAAGAGUAAUUCUCAAAAACGCACCCCAAAAUGGAUGACCAAGGGCGCCCUAGUUCAUGAGGACUCCGACGAUGAACUUGGCUCCGAAGACCUACCCUGGCACUGGAUCUAUGACGCCGAAUUGGAUCCGAAAAAUGGGGAGAAAGAGAACAAUGGCAGCCCGGAAAAGAAAUCAGGUCGACGACGGUCGUCUCGGCCGGCCCAAAAGAAGCGCGCAAUUGUCGGAGCUCGAAUGGGAAGCUUUGAAUGCCGUCUUGGCCAAAUUGUGUUGUUAAAGUCCCCCGAACCAGGCAAGGACUGGAUUGGCAUCAUCACCGAGUUUGUUGAGGAGGAAGAUGAGGAUGAGGACGACGAGCUGAUUAAAUCUGUCAACGUCAUGUGGUUCGCUUCGCCGGAUGAAUUUCUGUCAACGAGAAACAAGCAAAGAACCGAUGCAUUACCGAACGAGCAAUAUCUAACGGCGGACUUCAACACCAAUCCCUUGACUUCUAUCAAUGGCAAGGCCUCUGUCAUGUCCAAGGACGCCUUCUAUGCCAAAUACCCGAAUGGCAAUCCUCCCAAGGACAAAGCUCAGCUGGCUGAGUACAGCAAGUGCAUUAUCUGCCGGCGAGGUGUGAGCCAGGUACAAGGAAGAUAUACAGAUGAGUUCAUUUGGGAGAAGGUGUAUCGAGAGGACAACAUCUACGAACUCAUUAACAUGGUUAAAGAUAACCUGAAAGCAGCCAAGAAGCGCAAGGCUGCGGAUACUGAUUACGUUGAUACCAAGGAUGAUAGUGCUAUUCCUACAACUCCACGGAAAAGACAGAGAAUGGCAUCGACCAAUACAACUCCAAAGUCCCAGCGUAAAAAGGCCUUGACAACGCCGACCCAUAAAAGAAUCGUUGUUAAAAAGCCCCUAGAAUUCACCCCACUAGGCACGCGUGUUCUUUCGCCGACACAUUUUGCAUCCCCAUAUCGGCAGGCACGUAACCUACUCCACGUAUCCACUGUCCCAGAUUCUCUGCCUUGUCGAAAAACGGAGUUCAAUGCCGUCUACAACCAUCUUAGUGCCGCUAUCAUGGAAGGCACUGGCGCGUGUAUUUAUAUCUCAGGUACCCCAGGUACUGGCAAGACAGCCACUGUACGAGAAGUGGUGGGCCAACUUAAUGCUGCCGUUCUAACAGAAGAGAUGGACGACUUCAUAUUCGUGGAGAUCAACGGAAUGAAAGUGACGGACCCGCAUCAAUCAUACUCUCUGCUAUGGGAGGCCUUGAAGGGCGAUCGAGUCUCUCCUUCACACGCACUUGACCUCCUCGAACAAGAGUUCUCCCACCCCUCUCCCCGUCGAGUCUCUUGCGUCGUUCUUAUGGACGAACUGGAUCAGUUGGUAACCAAAAACCAAUCAGUCAUGUACAAUUUCUUUAAUUGGCCUGCCCUACGUCACUCGCGUCUUAUUGUUUUAGCAGUGGCUAACACCAUGGAUCUUCCUGAACGAACUCUAAGCAACAAGAUUUCCAGUCGUCUGGGUCUCACUCGUAUCACAUUCCCCGGAUACCGACACACUGAUCUAAUGGAAAUCAUCAGCACCCGGCUCGCAAACGUCCCAGGCAAUAUUGUCGACCCUGAUGCAGUUCAAUUCGCGAGUCGCAAAGUCGCUGCUGUUAGCGGUGAUGCUCGGCGUGCGCUGGACAUUUGUCGACGUGCUGUCGAAAUUGCUGAACAAGAAGCUGAUGAGGCUGCCGCUUCCACUUCCAACUUAGAAACCAUUGAUGAGGCAGACUCUCCGCCUGCCACACCCAGCAAGACUCCGGCACGGAGCAACAAAACCCUCUCCAAAAAGGAUCCUGAGGCGCCUACUUCAAAGCCUAUAUCGGGAAAAGGCAAGCCUGGCCGUGUCACCAUCGCGACAAUCAAACAAGCAAUCCAAGAAGCCACAUCAACUCCACUUCAGCAAUCUCUACGCUGUCUCCCACUAUCCGGGAAACUUUUUCUAGCCGCUCUAUUGGCUCGAGUUCAGCGUACAGGCAUCACUGAAUCUACGUUCGGGGACGUUCUUGACGAGGCACGUCGUAUCGCUGAUGCGGCAGUUGCAGUCGCCGGUGCAGCUGGCGUAGGCGUGAGAGAGUUCCUUCUUAACGGCGGUGCUGGUGCUCGAGUACGUGCGCUUGGUUUUGCCGCUAUGGAGCUGAUGAACUCAGGUGUCUUGGCCAUGGAGCAAGGCACUGGGUCGAAGAAUAUGCUUGGUGGCUCUACUAUCCCUUCUCGUGGUGAUCGAAGCAGUAAAAUUCGGCUUAGGGUUGCGGCCGAAGAUAUACGUUCUGCUUUUAUUGAGGAUGUUGAGGCUAAAGGUUUUGGAAUGGGCAUUAGCCAGUGA